CAGCGCUGACAUGGUUGUUAAUUGCUCGAACAGCGUAAUCGAAAAAGGAAUCUUCUGAUUCUUCUUUAACCUGAUUCCAAACUAAUUAUUCUUUAGGCGCGUCUAUAUUAUAACAACGGUUGAAGGCGAUUUUAUUGAGAAGCAUUGAAGCAAGCAUCAAUGGCGGAUACAGAGCAAAGAGAGGGAUCUAUACUACAAUUCGCACCGUUUCAGAGCGCAGUCGACGAGGGUUUCUGGCACAAACUCUCUUCUUUGAAGCUCAACAAGCUUGGCAUCGACGACUCUCCCAUUCCCAUUACUGGUUUCUAUGCGCCUUGCUCACAUUCUAAAGUAUCAAACCAUUUGACUCUUUUAGCUGAGUCUUUGCCGUCUGAAUCGGGUGAACAAUCAUCAACAGCUCAUGGAAAUCGGAAUAGAUGCGCCAUCCCUGGCAUUCUUUACAACACAAAUACGAUUGAAAGCUUUCACACACUUGAUAGAACGAGCUUGUUAAAGGAAGAAGCAAAGAAGAUUUGGGAGGACAUUCAUUCUGGAAAAGCUAUAGAGGAUAGUUCUGUGCUUUCGAGAUUCCUUCUCAUCUCUUUUGCCGACCUGAAAAAAUGGACCUUUCAUUACUGGUUUGCUUUUCCUGCCUUGGUGCUUGACCCCCCAGCAACCUUGGUUGAUCUCAGGCCAGCUUCGCAAUGGUUUAGCUCAGAAGAGGCAGAAUCCGUUUCAGCAGCAUGCAAUGCAUGGCGGAACUCAAGCUCAACAGCAGAUGUUCCAUUCUUUUUUAUUGAUAUCGAUCCGAAUUCUCAUGCGACUAUCAGGCAUCUCAAGGAUUGGGUGACAUGUCAAGGUGAUAAUCAUAAGUUACUCUUUGGUUUUUACGAUCCAUGCCAUCUUCCAAACAAUCCUGGCUGGCCCCUUCGGAACUUCCUUGCUCUCAUUUGUUCAAGAUGGGAUCUCACAUCAGUUCAAUUUUUAUGCUACAGAGAGAAUCGUGGUUUUGCUGAUAUAGGGUCAUCCCUUGUUGGUGAAGCUGUAAUUGCAGUUCCACAAGGCUGGAAAGAUCGUCAAUUUAUUCCUAAUGCAGUAGGAUGGGAACUUAACAGAGGGAAACUUAACAGAGGGAAGAUGGUACCUCGAUGCAUUAGCCUUGCUAAAUCUAUGGAUCCAAAUAGGUUGGCUGAAUCCGCUGCAGAUUUGAAUUUGAAGCUUAUGAGAUGGCGUGCUUUGCCUUCUCUUAACUUGGACAUUUUGUCUGGUCUCAAGUGUCUUCUCCUAGGCGCUGGCACACUUGGAUGUCAGGUGGCUCGUAUGCUCAUGGCAUGGGGUGUUCGGAAGAUUACAUUGCUUGACAAUGGUAGAGUAUCUAUGUCUAAUCCAUUAAGGCAAUCCCUGUAUACAUUGGAUGAUUGCCUCAAUGGGGGUGAACUCAAAGCCACUGCAGCAGUUAGAAGUCUCAAGCGAAUAUUUCCAACUGUGGAAGCAGUGGGUAUUGUGAUGGCUAUACCAAUGCCUGGGCAUCCUGUUCCUAGCCAAGAAGAGCUUGGUGUUCUUGAUGCUUGUAAAACCCUGCAUGAUCUCAUUGAUUCUCAUGAUGUAGUUUUCUUGUUAACUGAUACAAGGGAAAGUCGGUGGCUUCCUUCACUUCUAUGUGCCAAUUUAGACAAGAUUACUAUAACUGCAGCUCUAGGAUUUGAUAGCUUCUUGGUUAUGCGCCAUGGAGCAGGCCCUUUUAGCUCUAACGAGGACUUGAAAGAUGAAGCUGUGAAUGCUUUAUCUACUGAUUUGGGCAAUCUUGACCUUGGUGGUAGAGAUGAGAGGCAGAGAUUAGGUUGUUAUUUCUGCAAUGAUGUCGUUGCGCCUGUUGAUUCAACUGCCAACCGUACUUUGGACCAACAAUGCACCGUUACACGUCCAGGGCUUGCUCCAAUUGCUUCAGCCCUUGCAGUGGAGCUCCUGGUAGGGAUUCUGCAUCACCCUCGUGGGAUAUUUGCAGAAGGUGAGGCUACAAGCUCUAGCAAUAGUGGAAGUAGUGAGAUGCCUCUUGGUAUUUUGCCCCAUCAAAUCCGAGGUUCCUUCUCGCAGUUUUCGCAGAUGACUCUUGUUGGUCAUUCGUCAAAUAGUUGCACAGCUUGUUCUGGCACUGUAGUAUCGGAAUACCGGAAAAGGGGAAUGGAAUUUAUUCUCCAAGCGAUUAACCAUCCGACCUAUCUGGAGGAUCUUACCGGGCUGACAGAAUUGAUGAAAUCUGCUUUCUCUUUUAAACUUGACUGGGAUGCAGACACGGAUGUUGAUGACGACGAUUGUGUCGAAAUCUAAUGUUUCUUUUAACAAUUUGUUUCUGCUGCAAAUAAUACCUUUUUUUUUUUUUUUUUUUCAAUUGUUCAAAAACUAAUUUAGGAGAGCAACCUUUAGCAAUUUAUGUUCUCAAAUUUGUAUUAAACUAGAGUUGUCCCACAUCAUUUUAAAACUGAAUCUAACCUGGCGUUUUGCUGCUACUCUGACUGAAUGACGUAAAUAAAGCUGAAAGAAUUGAUUUUACUU